AUGAUCGAAACCCUUGGGGAAGCAGGUUUCAGAAAUUAUGCUGUCAAGUACAUAAGAACGGCGAUCGAAGGCCGAAAUGAAGAGAUAUGGGUGAAAGAUGGAAGGGAGGGAGAGGCGCAACUUGAUGGAACCGUUUCGGAGAAGGCUGGACCUAUGAACGUCGGCUUAUUCAGACCCUGA